AUGCAAUAUGGGACGAGUAUCAGAAAUCCGUUAGUGGUGCAUUUAGCAGCUAACAACUUAAACUUAGAGCAACAAGUUCGAACCACGCCGGAGCAUUACAGACAUCGUUUGACUACAAAAUCGAGAGAAAAUUAUGAAUAUUAUACUAGUACGAAAAGUAUUUACGAUUUUUAUGAACAAAGUUCAACAACAUCAAACACUGAUCUAAAAACAUGUGUACGGCAAAAAAAUGUUCACCGCAAUUGUGUUAAACCGUGUGAAACCGAUGAAAAUUGCCGUGGUCCAAAUAGAAUCUGUGUAUGUGAUUACAAUUGUGGAUAUUCUUGUAUAAAUAAAGGUAUAAUAGCUGAAAAAUAUUUAUGCCCGAUAUUAAGUCCUCCAAAUCACGGCAAAAUAAUUUAUCACGGUCAUUCGUUUUAUAGUAAACUCAUUUAUGAAUGUGAUAGCGGGUUUUCGGUGGUUGGACCACAAGAACGAAUUUGUGUUAGCGAUGGAUUUUGGGAACCCGUGAUGGACGUUUACUGUGUUCGCAAAGAUACGACUUGUCCACAACCGGCUAGUCUUGGCUAUAAUAUUAUUGUUAUGCAUCCACGUGACGUUUUUCGACUUGGACAUGGUACUGCAUUGACAUGCAACGAUACAAAUCGAUUUGAAAUGAUCCCACCCAUAACUUAUGUUGUUUGUGCAGAAAAUGGCAGAUGGAUACCAAGUUUACCUAAAUCUAAUUGUCAAAUACCAAAUUUUGGCGAUGGUGUCGUAAAAUAUUCUACUAGUGUUAAUGGAAAAGAACAUUUGUUAAUGCCGGGUAGUUACAUUGGACACAAUCAGACAGUAAAAUAUCAAUGUAAAGAAAGAGAAUAUUGCAGUGAAACACAGACGGUACAAAAUGAAUGUCAACAAGAGAAAACUAUUCGUUGUGAUAAUGGAAUGUUGAGUGAAAGAACGCCGAGAUGCUAUAAAGCUUUACAAAAUUGUCAAAUCCCAUUUAACAUUCCCUACUUUACGGAUCAAAAUCCUCCUUCUACAGAAGAAAAUAGUGUUACACUUCCUCCACGUCAAAAAGCGGGAAUUCUAUUGAAAGAAGGCGAAUAUUUUGAUUAUAUCUGCGUGACAGGUUAUGCCCCAGUGACAAAUGUAUCAUGUCUUAAUGGACAAUUGACCGAUUGGCCUCGAUGCGAACCAAGAACGUGUCAACAUCCGGGUGUCAUCGAAAAUGGAAAAAUUUAUGUUAUUAACUUUGCUUCAUCUCGUUACGAUAUGACACCUAAUAUCUCAUUGAGACACGGUGUAUCAAUUCAAUAUGAGUGUAAUCAGGGUAAUGCCAUAAAAAAGGAUAUGAUUGAAGUCUAA